CUAUCCUGCUGCUGGUAUGGGAAUGUCUCAGAGGAUUCCCAGUGGAUCUGGCAUAGAUAGGAUUAGACUGGCUGCACAUACCUCACUCUCAGCUGAGGAAGGAGCAGUCAGCUUUGAUGAUGAUGAGUGUGUGUGUGUGUGUGUGUUUGCAAUACCUCCCUCCUCUCUCUAAUCCACACCCCCAAGUGCUGUAAGACAGGCAGCCAGCAUUGAUCCUGAGCUUGUGCUCCUUCCACCUUCCCAGGCUGGUGCUGCUAUCAGUGUUGGGGACUCUUGGCAGGCUGGCUGUGAGCAUUGUGAGUUGUCCAUGCCAUAGCUGACUCCUGCAUAGAGAAGAAGGAUUAAGAGGGUGUCUUCUCAUUCACCUGCUUUAUACAUGCACUUCUCUUUCAUCUACAGUGUUCUUCCUUCCCACCUCCUGCCCUGAGCAUCAUCCCUCUCUAUCCUGCCCUGAAUCUCUGUUCUGGCCCCUGCUCUGCCCUCCUGCCUGACCCAGCACCAUCUGUUUGUCUACCUGAGUGUGUUUGGGAGAGGUGAUCUCACUCACAUCACCUAGGGAUGGCUGCUCUGGGAGCCUCAGGGAGCUGCUGCGACUGCUCUUUGUAAAGAAAGACUCAAGGCUUGGGUUUGGAGGCAUCUCAAGCAGGGAAGACCAGGGGUCUGCUGACAUCUUUUAAACUGUGUCGGAUGAGAAGAUUGCCAAGAGACCAGCACCACCAUGAGUACCAGCUCAGUGCCAUAUCAACACAAUUCCUAUAAUCCUUCGGGAAGUUCUGGGUCCAUCCAGUGUUAUCGCUGCAGAGAGACAUGUAAAGGAGAGGUGGUACGAGUGCAGACUAAUCAUUUCCAUAUCCGCUGCUUCACCUGUCAAGUUUGCGGCUGUGAUUUGGCUCAAUCCGGCUUUUUCUUUAAGAAUGGAGAAUAUAUUUGUACACGGGAUUACCAGCAGCUCUACGGGACCCGUUGUGACAGUUGCCGGGACUUUAUCACAGGAGAGGUUAUUUCAGCCCUUGGACGGACAUAUCACCCAAAAUGCUUUGUGUGCAGCAUGUGCAGGAAACCUUUCCCUAUUGGAGACAAGGUAACAUUCAGAGGCAAAGACUGCGUAUGCCAGAAUUGCUCCCAUUCAUUAACCAGUGACAAACCUAUCAAGAUACAUGGUCCGAGCCACUGUGCCGGGUGUAAGGAGGAGAUAAAGCAUGGACAGUCUCUGCUUGCACUGGAGAAACAGUGGCAUGUCAGCUGCUUCAAGUGUCAAACAUGUGGCAUCAUCCUAACUGGGGAAUAUAUCAGCAAAGACGGAGUGCCUUAUUGUGAGUCUGAUUACCACGCUCAGUUUGGAAUCAAAUGUGAAACCUGCAACAAGUACAUCAGUGGUAGAGUCUUGGAGGCAGGUGGCAAACACUAUCACCCAACGUGUGCCCGCUGUGUGCGCUGCCAACAGAUGUUUUCUGAAGGGGAAGAAAUGUACCUGACAGGGUCCGAAGUCUGGCAUCCAAUCUGCAAACAGGCAGCACGUGCAGAGAAAAAGCUAAAAUACAGAAGGGCUUCGGAGACCUCUAUUUCACCUCCAGGAUCAAGCAUUGGAUCUCCCAAUCGAGUCAUAUGUGCUAAGGUUAACAAUGAAAUUCUAAAUUACAAGGACUUAGCAGCUCUCCCUAAGAUUAAAGCAAUCUACGCAGUGCAACGCCCUGACCUCAUUUCUUAUGAACCUUACGGUAGAUACACUUCAGAGGAAAUGCUGGAGAGAUACAGCUAUGGGGAGGAUAUUUAUGAGGGAAUGGACCUGCGACAGAGAAGGUCCUCAAGCCCAGGUUAUAUAGACUCUCCUCUCUACAGCCAUCGAGAUGUGUCCCUCACAAUGCCUCGUUCCCCCCAACAUUACUACAUGUCAGGCACAGAGAGUGGACGCAACUCUCCUUUUUAUAGCCAGUUAGAUGUGCGUUGCUCCACGCCAACCCUUUACCAAGCGCCUCGGCAUUUCCACAUACCAGCUGCUGCAGAAAGUAAUAUUUACCGGAAACCCCCCAUCUACAAACGGCAUGAUGAUCCUUUCGAAGCAAGCAAAAGCAAAACAAGUGAAGAUCUUGUCCAGUCUUCGAAAUAUCUCCCACCAUACACACCGGAGUCCUAUUAUCAGCAUGAAACCGAGUACUGGAUGUAUUCUCCUAAAGUGCCUCGAGCACGAAGAUUCUCGUCUGGCGGAGAAGAAGAUGGGUUUGGCCGGACCUUGCACAAGCUCCAGGGAGGAAUUGGACGGAUGAUUCUAAAAGAGGAAAUGAAGGCACGAUCCUACGCUGACCCCUGGACCCCUCCACGUAGUGUAGCGGGCAGUAAAGAAGCGCUCCACACAGCUGGAUACGAUGCUUCUCUAAAUGGAUCUCCCAAUAAGCGCUACCUAGCCGACAGUGACCCCCUUAUUUCCAAAUCCGCUUCGCUCCCAGCAUACAGAAGAAAUGGACUGCACAGGCCGCCCAGCACGGAGCUUUUUCACUAUGACAGUGCCAAUGCAGUGAACUGGGGCAUGCGAGGUAAGAGUAUCUAUCCUUAUGAACUACUUAUGGUCACCACUAGAGGGAGGACCAGACUGCCUAAGGAUGCAGACAGAACGCGUCUGGAACGGCACUUAUCAGCUGAGGAAUUUUACCAAGUUUUUGGAAUGACAAUAUCAGAGUUUGACCGCCUAGCACUCUGGAAACGGAACGAACUUAAAAAGCAAGCCAGGCUUUUCUAAUUCAACGCACCGCGUGCCUCAACAACAAAUGUACACCUCUAAAUAUAUUUAUACGUAUAUAUGUAUAUGUGUGUAUGUAUAUGCACAUAUAUAUAUACACACACAUAUAUACACAUAUAAAUAUUAUGUAUAACUAUUACACACUAUAUGUAUAUUGUAUUAUAGAGCAAUCUUGCCGUAGUCAGAGAUAUUUGCUUUAUCCAUUUCAGACGUGGAAGAGAUCCCAACAUAUUUCUAUGCAAUAUGUUGCAGUCCCUUUUGACGGCUGAAGGAAGUUAUUAAUCUGUGGCGAGAGAUAUUUUGAUCUCUUGGUUAUAUUUUUUAAUGCUCUUUUUUUAUGCGCCUCUCUUUCUGAAAGUUUAAACUAUCAAUACAUCUGUUAGCUGUGAUAUUGUAUUCUGUUUCCGACACCAAUAUAUUGUCCGUAUGAUAGGCCUGGACCUUUGAUCUCUGCCUGAUCCCAAAAGUGUUACUGCAAAUUUUAUAGACAUUAGUCAGAGACUUCCACCGGGAAAGUACAUUUCUUUUUUUAGUUAAAAACAAUAAAACAAUAUGGGUUUAGGGCAUCAUUUAGACAUUCUGCAGAAUAAACAAUGAUUCCACUAAAAAUGUCAAUGCCAGCAUCAAUGUACUUUUCCCAGUUAUAUUGUGCAAUGAAUGCUGUUAGGCAAUAACCAUGCAUUUCACCAAGGGCCGGACUGGGGAUACGAAGCAGCCCUGGAAAAAAAUCUAUGCCAGCCCCAUAAGUCAUUGUGCUAUGUAGGGUGUAUAUAUAUAUAUACUCAAUUGAAAUAGUUGGCUGCACUCUCGGAUUUCCUUAAAACAUAACUUUUAUUGAAAUAUUUAAGAGAAGAUCAACGUUUCAUCCCCCGUCUUGUGGACUUUCAUCAGGAUCAUGAUACUGGAGCCCUGGUAAUGCA